AUGUCCAUGAUUCGGACUCGUGGCCAGUCCCCUCCUUUGACCAUGUAUAGCUUAGCGUUGGCGUCAACUGGUCCCAGCGUCUUUGAGCCUUACCUUAUCAUGCUUAGUGCUAUGGAGCUCCUAAUUUACGACUGGGUGCCAUUCCUGCACCGGUCACGCCUGCCCACGCGGCCUUUUGCUGCACUAUCUCCUCUGUACGCCAUCGGCAGGAUUGGGGUGGCUUGCAAUUAA